ACACUUGGCAAUACUGCCAAGUAGUCAAUAGAAAAGCUGUCAAAGUUAGUUAUAAGUUUUUCCUUUUGUUUUUAUUUAUGCUAAAAAUUUCAACUGUUUGAUAUAAAUCUGUAAACUUUAAUGUAGGGUGUAACUGGCACGUAUGUUAUUUUAUUUUUAAGAACUAUUAGGUUUGUAAAAAAAACUCGUAAUCUGCGUCUUGCAUUAGCUGGGGUUGGAGAGACGGGGCCGACAUGACGGAUGAGCAGCAGUUCUGCCUGCGCUGGAACAACUUCCAGACGAACAUCACCUCGCAGUUCGAGGCGCUGCGCAACGAGGAGUUGUUCGUGGACGUGACACUGGCGUGCGAGGGCCAGCGCCUCAAGGCCCACAAGGUCGUGCUGUCUGCGUGCAGCCCCUACUUCAAGGAGCUGUUCACGAGCAACCCAUGCAAACACCCCAUCCUGUUCAUGCGCGACGUGGAGUUCUGCCACCUGCGCGCCCUCGUUGAGUUCAUGUACGCCGGCGAGGUGAACGUGGCGCAAGCACAGCUGACUGCCUUCUUGCGCACUGCCGAGUCCCUGCACAUCCGUGGCCUCACCGAGACCCCGCGCCCCCGCAAGGAGGAGAGGCUGUCUCCGGCGCUGGACGCCGACGUGUUCCGGCCGGACGGCAGGAAGGUGGAGGAGGAGGGCGUGCUGGACGCCAGCCCGCCCCUCUCCCCGCCCCCCAGCAAGCGUCCCUGCCGCAGCGCCACCCCGCCACCCCUGCAGCUGCCGUGCCGCGGGGAGUCCCCGGACAUCAUCGAGCCCAAACUGGAGCUGCCGGACUAUGGCAGCGACGGGGAGUGUCGGGUGGAUGGAUCCAUGUCUGCGUCCAUGUUCGGGCUGGACAACUCCAUCGACGGGAACACCUCUCUGUCUUCCCUGCACGGUUCAAUGGACACCUACCCUGGGACCUCUUCCCAGAACUUCAUGGCCGACUUCUCACAGGACUCUUCUCAAGCAGACCUGCGCAAACUUCACUCGCUGGACCCGCGGCCUUGCCCCAUCUGCUUCCGCAUGUACAGCAACUUGUCGAACCUGCGCCAGCACGUACGCCUCAUUCACAACCCGCAGACCGUCGCCUGUCCCCUCUGCAGUAAACCCUUCAAGACCAAACUGUACCUGAAGAGACACCUCAUGAGCUUCCACGAGCUGGCCUGCUCCCCCGCCCCGCAGGUGGUCCUUGGGCCCGAUGGCCCCAAGGUCAAGGACGAGUUCUUCCAGCAUGCUCGUGCCCCGCUCCCUCACUUCCCGUUCCCGUUCCCCGGCGACGAGCGCCCCCCUCCCAACGGCCACGGCUUCCAGGACCACGCCCUGGGGCGCGGCUUCAACAAGUCUGCGUACCUCUCUCGGCUGUUCAACAAGCCGGGUGACAGCAGCGGGCUGAACACGAUGUUGCCCCCGUACGGGAACACGCUGGAUGACAGUCAGGACAGACAACAGUAUGGAGCGCCAACACAAGCCUGCAGGGCUGAGUCUAGGAACGCGCUGGAUGACAGUCACGACAGACAGCAGUACGGAGCGCCACCACAAGCCUGCAGGGCAGAGUCUAGGAAUGCGCUGGAUGACAGUCAGGAAAGGCAGCAGUACGGAGCGCCACCCCAAGCCUGCAGGGCUGAGUCUAGGAGCGACGAUGUCUCCGGCGUGAUGAACGACGCACACUCACAUUCGCUCAAGCUCGAGGCCCUGGACAUGCAGAGCGACGUUAACGAUGCCCUCUUGGCUCUGUCGGAAAGUAAACGGGACGACACGACUUCCUUCUUGAGUCCUAACAUUCUUGAAAACACUCCCAGUAGUCAGGCCAUAGGCAAUUAAGUAUUUUUUUCAUCUUAAAUGAUACCUGGUUUAUUACUGCAUUUUAAUAGAAUAUAAGUUAUAUUGUGCUGGUUGCUUUAAGUAGAUAUAUUAGUCUAAGACUGCCACCAAUAACUGUCUUUUUGAUCACGAUCAAAUAAUUGUCUGUCCUGAAUGCAAGCCAUUCCUGCAUACCAUAUGUACAGGGAAUGCAUAUUUAAGGACGAGUUCCACCUGGUUUCAAACAUUGACAUAAAGUACAUAGUAUUAUCAUUAUGUACUCAGUGCUGUUGCAUGUGCAAGUAGACGUAAUGCUCUUUCUAAACAGCUCCUUAAUGAAGUUUAGUGUAUAACUGUCCUGAAGUAAUCUCCAUGGUUAACAGCAUUCUGUUUAAACACUUAAUCCGUCUUAAGGAUGAAAUCUGGUAACCCAAACCCAAUACCAAGUCCAAACAAAAAAGGCUUUCUACUUAUUUUUAAAACAUUCUUUCCCUGUGGAAUCAACUUUAUAUAAUGCAUUAGUUUUAAUCGUACAAGGAUGCAGACAUGACUUUGCGUAAACAUAAACAAAAUAGUCACGCAUCAAACCAAUCCACUCAAGAGUAUAAAACACAAAUAGCUUAAUUGCUGUUGUAUUCAGUGUUAAAUAUCUGCAAGAGUAGUUACGUAAGCUAUGCCACAACCGUUACAGCUAAUAGUACGAGAGCUGCCAAGGUUUCAGAAAAAUAAUUUUAGGUUAGCUGUUAUUUUAUUAUAUUUCUUCUUUUUAUUGAAAUUAGAUAGGGAUACAGUACGUGUGGCACCUGGAAACGGUUGUGUUUACCUGUGCACAUUUCUUUUCUACAGGUGAAAAUUGUGGAUUUUAAAAUCAUUUUAAGAUAAUUUUUUUUCCCCGUAAUUUUUUGUCAUUUUAGCAUCAUAAAGGUACAAUUGCCAGACAGUUUUGCUAUUGCUAACACUGCGCCCGAUGCAAUUUUAGUAAUAAAUAUUAUUAUUUUUAAAUAAUUUUACUAUAGCUGAAAUUGUUUACAUGAUACAGUUCUGUAAUCCAAGAUUGUAAUGUUAAUUUGCCAUAGGUUUGGUUGUUUAGUUAAGAGCCAGAUGGAUUUUAAGUCUCUGAAAACAGCUUUACCCUGCAUAUUGGUUUACUGCAUAUUACUGUAUUUUUUUUAUCAUAUUGCACACUUUAUCAUCAGGCAAAUAUUCAUUAUUAAUAGUUCUGCCCGACUUGUGUCAAAGCACUAACUAGAAGCUACUGUUAUGUUUCCAUUGCCAGGCAGAGCAUACCACUUUACUUAUUAAUAUUUUGUUGUAAUUACGUAUUAGAUAUGGACGAAUCUGCGUACUUUUGUUUCAUAUCGUGUUUAGUUCUGUAUUUAUAAUUUUGAGUUUAGCCCAGGCCUGAUAAAUUGCUAGUCAAGUUGAGAUCCAAGUAGGGGUUUUAUUUUUUUUCAAAUAGGUAUAGAGUAUUAAAACGGAUUAUGCUACGAUUUUAAGGAUUAAAAUAAAUACUGCAUGCAGAAACUUACUAGUAAAGAUUAUAUUUUUUGUAAAUGUUGAAAGUAGUUUAUCAUUGAUACUAAGGCAGAUAAAUUAACAAAAUAAAAUUUAUCACCAUCUGGGUUUAUUACUACUGUAUGUUCAUUUGCCGUGUUUAAGAACAUAUAAAAUAUUUUGGUAAUUUUGCAGAAGAGUUGCUUCAUGAAGUUAAGGGACACAAUAACUAAAAUGAAAGGUAUUAUGUACUUAUUAUUUACGUAUUAAACACAUAUUAUUAAUGUAUCUGGCCUAACCUAACAUACCUUACACUGCAAUCAUCCAACUUCCCAAAAUAUGUAAUGUUAAAUGUUAUCUGUUUUUAAAUAACCAAAUUAACAUUUGUUAACGUAACUAUAAAAUUAUUUAAAUGAAUUCCUAGUGUAUUCAUAACUGAAUGGAUGGUUAACUCAAUUCUACUUUUCCAUUUUCUUGUUAACAAUGAUUUCUCCCACUUCAAAAAUGACAAUUCUUAGGCAUUCUCAAAUGUCACAUCAUGUGUUUAAAUCACAUUCUGGCCUGGUGUAUAAACAAAAAUAAAACUUACUGACAUUUUGAAUAAAUAAUCAGAGAUUGAAGAUAUAACUGACUACAAGACAUAUCAUUUUUAGUUUUGCUCUGUUUGUGCCGAAUAUCAAUAUUAUAAAUUGACAUGUGGAGGGGGGGAAAAUGUACUUGGGAUACAUUGGAUUGUUUUUGUUUAAAAAUUUGUUUGUUGUAUUACAUACGUAUGGCAUACUGCUGGCAUUUCAUUCCAAAAUGGUGUUUAUUUUUAGUGUUCUGAGAUGUAAAUAGAGGCAGAAUGUUUUCUGGGUAUUGUAACUACAUAUAAAAUACCCCAUACUUUAAGAAAAAUAUGUAAAUAGUUAGAACAUAAAUGCAAUAAUUCCCAGUGAAAUAUUUGCAUAAUACUUGCACAUGAUUUUUUUGUUUCAUGCCCUUGUCGAAUAGGUAUAGAGUUAAAAGAAUACUGUUCAGUGUCGUCCCGUGAUUACAAUGAACUUGAUUUUCGAGCUGAAAGUUAUUGGUAGUUUACAUGAUUUGGAAUUUAGCUCAUCAUGAAAAGAGUGCAGUAUCUGUGCUUAUUGUUGUCUAUGAAGGGCAGAAUCCAAAUGAGCUCACAAUAUCUAUAGUUAACAUGCAUUGAAGAGUCAACCCCCCCCCCCCCCCCUCCAGCUUAAAAUGGCAGCUAGUGUCGUGUGCUCCUUACAACAAUUGGAAAUGCCAGCAAAAUUAAAUUUGCUCGUGAUGCAAUAUAGUAGUAUUCACAUUAAUGACUUAAUAAUAAUGUAAUUAAUCUGAAAACUAAUUAAUUGUUGUAACAUUAUCUUAUAUUACACAGGAAAUUAAAUAUUAUUGCAACAUUUUAAAGGAAAAAUGAAACAUUAUUUUAUUUUUUUAAAUUUUUUAAAUGUAUUUAUUAAUUUAUUUAUUGACCGAGCAAAGCAAGGUCUUCCAAAUAUUUAUAGCGUGUGGCAUUUGUGUGUAUGUAUGUUUUUAUGUAACUUUUUCCAGCGAUAACUGUUGAACCAUUGAUUGGAUUUUCAUGAAAUUUGGUAGGUGGCAGGUAUGGCCAGUGCAAUUUGUAAGUUCAUGAAUGAUCUAAAUCGAUCUAGGUUUUUUUAAAAUAUUUUUUGAUAAAUACACAAAUAACUUACAAAUUACACACAUUUUCUUAUUUCUGGCUUGGAAUCGAAAGAGGAUAGUGUCCGUAGAUGGAGAUUACGAUAAUAAGUAAUAUGGUACUAAUAACUUUGGUCAUUACACGAUUUAACUUUGCGAGCUCUCAGUUCGGGGAAAACUACUGGUUAUUUGGUGUUCAUGUCUUGUCCAGCGAGGCCAGCAGCCGGCCGGGUUUUGCAUCGAGGAACUACCCCUGCCUUCUUCUUGGUGGAUUGGGGGGGGGGGAGCCUUCAGGAAACUGUAAGAGUCCUUAGACAUGAUGCCUGGACUGAGAUCACUCUCUCACUCCCUGUGUCUCUCUGUGUGAGCCCAGUGUUGUACUGUGUUGCGUGCUCACAACAAGAACUUUUAGGGGGAAAAGGGGUUCCGGAACGAGACACACCCUGAAGCUAGCAUCUGAUUUCGUUAUUAUUAUUCAAGUUACAACGCUUGGCAAAUAUUUCAAAAAACUCAUUCUUGAUUGUGACUUGUGCGACCCAUGUUCCGACUGGCACAGACCUGGGAACCCAAAUAAAACAGUAAACAUUAGUAAAUAAAUGACAUUCUUGAAUUACACAAGACUUCCUAGAUUGAAUAUUUAGACUUACGUAAUUCUUACAUUUUUACUGGAAUUAUGUCUUAAAAAAAAGUAACACAGGUGGGCUUUGAUAAGGUUCAAAUUGAAAUCAACCUCAAAGUUUUCUGCCGAGCUUUACUCACAUAAGGACAGGCUUCUUCCUGUUCAUAAGCUUUUCGUCAGGAGGCGAUCCAAUGUUUUUCGGUUCAAAACUCCACUAAACAAUAUGUUUCAACUCAACGUUAAAGGACGAGUCUUGUUCUUGCCUCGCGCAUCUGGGCACUGAACCUCUCGUGCUGGCCAGGAGGCUGGAGUUGAUCACCACACCCGACACUCGCUCCACAAGCGCCCCCCCCCCCCCCCCCCCCCCCCCCCCCCCCCUCUGCUGCGCUGCGGUGCUCGCCGACUGCAGCGCAGCUUCCGGAGGAUCUCUAGGACUUGACUCGCUCACCGCGGUGAUUCUCUCCUCGUUGGUGCUCGUCCACAAGCAUGGUGCUCACUGGUUGAACUCGCCCUGCACUGGUUGAACUCGUCGCUCGUAACGACGAGUGACUGCAGAGUCCUCGUCGUCUUUGCGUGAGCAGGACUUUAUCUUUGCAGAUGGCUGACGGUUCAAUCACCUGAACGUAAAAUAUUGCGACUAAACAUUUUUAAGCAAAACAUUGUGAAAAGUACUUUCAAAUUGAACAUAAUACCAUUUGUUUUACAGUAUAAACUGCUUGCCUUAAAGUUACUAUGAUUUUUUUUUUUAAUUGUGUUAUAUCUCUAUUUAAAAAAGUUAAAACAAAUAAUUAAAGUUGCACUUCAUCAUAAUCUGUUAGAUCAUAAUAGAUUAGGUUUAUGAGUUUUUAGUUUUUAUAGCUACGUGUGCGUGCAUGCGAGUGCGGUAUAUAUAUAUUUUAACCUUGAGGGAAUCAUAUAUUCAGACACAUACUGUACGCAUUAAGGACACUCUAAAAAUGUAUUGGGCAUAAAGGAUUUGCGGACGUUGAGAGAAACUUUGAAGUGAUUCAGUAUACAAUUGAAGACUAUACAGCACUUGCGGAAUUAAAAGCGUCGUGUUGGAAACUGUUGGUACUUGCGACUCGGAACAUCAAACGUUCAGUGACUUAGUUUUUCCUUUGUAAAUGAACAUGUUCUUGCAGGGUCCACAUUCUAAAGUAUGUAUCAGGGAAAUUCAUGGAGGUUGGAAUAAUCAUUCAGGGAAUUUCCUUUAAAUCCUGGAAAAGUCAUGGAAAUUCCCCAGUGAUAGUAAUUUGAAGAGAAAAUGUUGUUUUCCAGUCUGACAUCACCCAGACUGUGAAAGCAAUUUCAUUUUUCAAUUUGGUGUUUUAAUGCAUAGCCACACACUAUAAAAUGUCACAUGAAAACUUCUUUUUGAACUAGGUCAACUACGGGGAUGUUGGAAGCUGGAUUUUCUGUAUUUCUUUCGGAAAGUUGCAAAUGUAUAAAUUAUUUAAAAAAAAAAAAUUAUUCAGGUCAUUUUGUAAUUUACAACAUUCUGCGUUCAUUUGAUUCCUGCACCUACUAGGUUUGUACAAUCUUAACUACGGGUUCAGGCAGAAAUGUGACACUGUUGAACUACAAUUACUGUAAGAGCAGGGAGGAGAGAUUUGCAGUGCUAGAAAGUACAUGGUGUAAUAUUGGUUGAAAUGUAAAAGUAAAACAAAGGGUGGUUAGGUAGUUCUCCCACAAAUGUAUGUUGCAUCUGACAAUAGAUGUUUUUAUAAUGUUGAUUUUCCAAGUGCCAUAGCAACCAGUAUUUUUUAUACAUAUCACUGCCGGCCGGGAGCUCCUAUACUCCCUCGGCUUAGCAGUACGUAAGACAAUUACCGGUGUUUGAUUUGUGACGCGCACACACAAUAGUUCAGUACUGGCGUGGGCGUGUCGGCACGGGGAAUGGACUCCAAGGUCUGUGUGCGUGCUCGCUGCUUGUCAGAGCUGGCUGUGCCAUGUCCCGCAGUUCUUUUGUGUAGUCGGACGUAACCAGCAGCUCCCAGUUUUACAAGACAUGUACUCUCUUUGUUUAUAUAGCUGCGUAUCCUUGUGGUUUCACUUCACAAACCUGCUGAACAUUUUGUAGUAAGUUCUGUCCUCUUGAGGCUUCAAUUACUUUCUUUAGUUUAUGAGUUCUUUCAAAUAAAGCUUUGUCCCAAGCUGGCCAACAUUAUUCUCACAUCCACACUGCCAUAUUUUUUUUGGAAGUUGCUGUCAAUAUUACAGUGUCCUUCUGUAUCGAGUUCUCAUGUUCCUUCGUACCUAAGUGGUUUCUCUUUUUCUUUGUGAUAAUGCUUUUCCUGUCUCCUAGAAUGGACAAAGCAAUAGUUAGUACGUAACAAAAAUAUACUUCUUCAGUUGGUUUAUCUUGUCGAAGUAUUUUCCAUUAUGUGAAACAUUGUCAUGUUAUUAGUUUGUGAAGUUGUAGACUUUUUAUUGUACAUCUCAUUCAAUCAGAUUUUCUAACUUUAAGAAUUAGUGUCUGUCUGAGACAGUGGAUGCUUUUUUUUAAAUCUCAUCUAUGGUGUGUGGUAUGCUUGCUGAUCAUAAGCCGAACGCCAGAUUUGAAGAUGUCUGGCUUGUCGCUGACUGUCCCUGGCUUUUGGUCGGGCAGUUCCUGUGACGCAGUUGCACCCGUCACUUAUUGACAGCUGCGUGGUGAUGUGUGGUAUCCUUGAGAGAAUGUCGGUGAUCGUGACUGUGGUGGGUUUUUUUUUUGUCCUAGUCGCAUGGGUGAAACAAGUUCAAACUGCUGCUCAGCGUUCUGUGUUUGUUUCAAGAGAUGCGAAUGCUUGUGUGUGCGUUUCCCCGUGCCGCGUCACGCCCUGCGCGGGCAACUCAUGUUCCUCUCAGCCUCGCCCCGCGGCAACCUCGUGUGUUGUUACAGCAGAGUUAACCACAUAUAGUUUUGUAACAGUUUUACUAUAGCAAUGCAAACAUGUAUGUUUUCUACACUUGUAACACUUUGGUUGAGGCUACGCCACUGUGACUGUCCUUAGUUCCUGUGACUGUACUCUUCUUCCUAGCGAGCGACAGACGGAUGAGUGGUAUCAAACAUUGUACGUGGGGCGUGUUCGUUACAUGCAUGCAGGUGUGUUGGACAUUCUGAGUAUGUAUCACCUGUAAAGCUUAGUUAGUGCUGUCUGAUUGUGAAUGCAGCAGUAAUGUGUCUCUGUUGUAAUAAGGAUUUUGUUUGUGCUGCACUUUGCAGCUUAGAUGUGCUUGUUUCAUUUGUGGAGCCUCAUAUUUUUACAAAAAAAAAAUAUAUUAUGGUGGUGUCUCUCAUAAUGUUUUCUGUUACGAAUGUGCAUUUGUAAAAAAAAAUCAAUGUUUGUAAUUGUCUUGGUCAUGUAGCAAAGUCCACACUGAUGCAGUAUAUUUACAGCCUAAAAACAGCCAGGGAUAUUUGCAACAAAUGGGUGGACUGUCAUCUUUUUGUUGUUUACCACAGAGCAGUUUGGUACAACCCUCCAUCGACUCCUCUGACUUUCCAUUAGUGAUUUUAUGUUUGUUGUACUUUCUGUUAGCUCGUGUGACAUUUAAUUACUUCUGUCAGUUUUGUAUGUUUUAAUUUGGUAUUGAUUGCUCUCUGCUUAUUCUGCUAAAAUCACUGUGCCAUUACUUGGGUUCGCCUUCUACAGAACGGUUACUACAAACUGUCUGUGCUGUCCUCCAUAGCUUGUUCUGCACAGAAACUGAACAAAAGAAGGUGAGAUAAAGUAGUCUUGUCUCACUCCUUUCUGAAUCAUUGCUCUUGUUACAUGCAUCUGUCUCUGAGUUUCUAAUUUAUAUUUAUUUUGUAUUAGCAGGGAACCAAGCACUUGAAAGCUAAGUAUUUGAUACUACCGCUGUUCAGGUUUUGCCUUGGAGUUUGGCAGCGUGGGGCGUAGUUCAUUAGUUGGCAUUGAGUGGAUAUCAAUAUUUACAGUUUUGAAGUUUCCCAUACUGAUAAUGCCAUUAUUUCUCUUCAGUGAUCAGACGUUAUGAAUUGUAUUUAUUGCUCCUUUUAUUCCAGUCAUAAGCAGGUGCUUCCAGUUUCAAGUUAUGUCUUACAGACUGUUCAGUAAUAAAACAAUAGAUUUUUGUAUUUUACUUAGCUAUAGAGUUGAAGGACAAUUAAAUUACAUGAUAUUAAGUUUUAUUAUAGAUUUUUCCAAUAUUUUUAUUCAAGAGCAGUGAUUGAAAUAUUAUUGUGUGUUUGAAAGAAGUAAUCUUAGUGUAGGGCCUACGUCUAGUGUGGUGCGUAAUGACUGAGACAAAUCUGUAUUCAUGACACCAUUAUAAUGGUUUAAACAUUUUUUGUAAAUUUUUAUUAUAUUUCUCUCUGUAGUAUGAUUGUGUAUGUGCAUUUUUGUGAGCUCACUUUGUCUGAGUGGUUUGUUUAGAAUAUAUAUAUAAAAGAGACACUUUACAUGAACACUGAUAGACUAUUGAACUAUGAAGUGCUGCGUUAAGAAUGCCUUUAUAACAAUGAUGUUUUCGAGCAUUUAUGGCAUCAUGUAUUCACUGUUAUAAUAACACUAUUGUAUUAUAUUUCCAUGUUUGUGCUAGUAUCCUACAGAUAUAUUUUAUAGACAUUAAUUUUUGGUAAAGAAAUGUUAAAGCUUUUUAUGAUGUUUUGAUGUCAACAUUCAUGUUUUAUUCUAUUAUGAUAAAUACAUAAUUAUUAUAAUGUUUAAAUUUGAAAGUCCAGGUGACAUAUUUUUUCAAAUUAUUUUUCCUCAAUAUAUUAUAUUUAAAAAAAAUAUUGACUUUCAAACAUGUUUGAUUUUAGAUAUUUAUUUUACAUUCUAUAAAAAAAUUUAUCUUGCAGCUUCCCAAUAUUUUUAUUUAAGCUAAAUGGGUUGAUUUUUAAGAACUCAAUCCAGAAUUUAUUUGUUUGGUAGUUCAAAAUAAAAAAAACUGGUUAUUUUCAUCCAAUAUCAGCAAUAAAUGACUUAGUAAUAAUUAGCUCUCAAAAUUUGUGGUGAACAUAUUUGUGAAACCUUUUUGCCAGACUUAAAGUAAUUAAUAACGAGUUUAGUUCAAUUAUGUGGAAAAAAUUAAUAUUUAUUAUUACUUGAAAUUAAAUUGUAUAUUUUUAGGUUCUGUAAAGUCUUUAAAGAGUUCUCAAGGUGUACUUCGAUGAACUUGGCAAAAGUCUAUGCAAAAUGGAUCACUUUUACAAAAACUUAUUCUCUUUUUGAGCUAUAGUGAUUAAUGAAUUUAAAAAUGUACAUAGGCCAUCUUAAAGGUUGUAUUGUACAUAUAGUAUGACGAAUAAAACAUUAACAAACAUAUGGUGGUUUUUAGAAUAAGUAGUUGCACAGUCUAGUAAAGUUAUUGCCUAACCUCAUCUAAAAUCUGUUUUUUGUGAGAUUAAAAAUUUUUAAUAUUUAAAAAAAAUUAUUGUAUAAACAAGCACAGGCAGAAUCUUUCCGCUACUAUUAUGGCUCAGUGUGUGGAACCUUUUAAUAAUUUAAUGAAACGUGAAACUACUCUCCGAAAGUGUGGCCUAUAUGGCUAGAAUAGACAACUGCUCAGACUGCCAACUAUACCAACUAUAUCUGAAGAGGUUUAGAUGGUUGGUAACCCCUGAAUGUUGAUUUCACUGCAGAACAAAGAAUCUGCACAAUGUUUAGAGACACUUUAUUAACUUUAACUAGACUGUUUCUCUAAGUUAAUAAAAUUUGUUUUAAUUAUUUUGUAUUACAUGCGAAAAUUUGUAUAUUAUUUGUCACUGUCUUUAAUUUUUUGAAAAUUGUUAAUUUUUACUUAAUUUUUGUUUUUAAUUUAGCAAACUAGAAAGUGAUUGUGAAAUGUAGAGAAGGAAAAAUUAUUAUUAUGUAUGUGUAGUUAGCAAUAUAGUGUUAUUUUGAGCUUAUGUUUGUGUUUUAUAAUAUAUAUACAUAUACAGAAUUGGUUUGUUACAUGUUGGAAUAUGAACUGUGAUCGACUGAUUUGUUGGUUGAACACCUUAAUGAUGUUUGUGUUUGUGUGUGAUACGAAGAGCACAUUUAUAUAUGCAUAUAGAACCAUUGAAGUAUACUAAAUUGCCAUUGCCCAGACAUUUCAACUAGUCAAUAUUUUAGUUACUAACUCUAAUAGUGUUAAUAGUGCAUAAUCAGUUUUUUAUACAUGAUGUUAUUUUUAGAUGUUUGGUUGCAUAUUACUUGUACAUUUAUUUAAUGUAGUAUGAAUGAAAUAUUUGCAAUAUGUUUAUAUAAAUUUUAUUUAUGUGCAAUGCUGGAACAAAGUAACCUAGUAAUUAAUAAAAAGUCAAGUCUGAUUUUUAA